ACUUUGUGGCGUGAGCUUAUAGUCGUCGUUGUCCUCCAGUCCGGCAGAGGGCGCUGUUCGCUCUGCGCUUCGACCCGGAACUCGGUGUCUCUGUUUCCUCCCGCUCGCUCUCUUUGUUCGCUCCGAGCCUCGAGGUGCAGAAGAGGAGCAACAUGUUCGCUCCGAGCCUCGAGGUGCAGAAGAGGAGCAACAUGUUCGCCGUGCAGCUGCUGCGAGUGUCGGUACAUGAGCGGAUCGGCGCCGCCGCUGAAGACUUCCUGCUGCAGGUGGAGAAAGGAGAAGAAGCGGCUCGAGUCCCGGCGCUGAGAGCGCUGCUCACCGAGCGGCUAACGGCGGCGGCGGAGGAGAUCGUCGGUCUGUUGGAGGAAACCGUGGCGGAGUACGAAGACCGAGUGGAGCGGUCCGAGCGGGAGAUCUGCCGCCAGAGGAGGCUGCUCGAUGCCGUGCUGAAGCCCGAAGUCAGGCUGCACCGAGCAGGCGUCCAGCAGGUGAUGGUGGGUGAAGAAGAGUUUCCCCCUGAGCAGCAGCAGUGGAGGCCCAGUAUGAAGCAGGAGGAGCCAGAGCCCCCCCACCUUAAAGUGGAGCAGGAGGAACUGUGGAGCAGUCAGGAUAGAGAGCAGCUUCAAUGGCUGGAGGAGGCUGAUAUCAUCAAGGUGACUGUGAAGAGUGAAGAAGAUGAAGAGAUACCUCAGUCCUCACAGCUUCAUCAAUCUCAGACUGAGAAGAACAGAGAGGACUGUGGAGGACCAGAACCAGCAAGGAACUCAGUUCCUGAGGACCAAACGGAAGACUGUUCCGAACCUGAGACUGAUGACAGUGAAGAAUGGGAGGAGACCAGAGAACCUCAGUCCGGUUUAAACACAAAAAAAUGUAGUUGCUCUGCGUGUGGUAAAACAUUUAGUCAGAAGAAAACGCUGCAGCAGCAUAUGAGGAUUCAUAGAGGACAGAAACAAUUUAGUUGUUCUGAAUGUGGUAAAACAUUUCGUCAAACAGAAGAUUUGAAGCGGCAUAAAUUGAUUCAUACAGGAGAGAAGCCAUUUAGUUGCUCUGAAUGUGGUAACAGAUUUAGCCUCAAGGGAAACCUGCUGAGACAUAUGAGGAUUCAUACGGGAGAUACAAAAGAGAAACCAUUUAGUUGUUCUGAGUGUGGUAAAAGAUUUAGACGAAAGGGGGUCCUGCUGAGCCAUAUGAUGAUUCAUACAGGAGAGAAACCAUUUAUUUGCUCUGUGUGUGGUAACAGAUUUAGGCUAAAGGAAAACCUGCUGAGACAUAUGAAGAUUCAUACAGAAGAGAAACCAUUUAGUUGCUCUGUGUGCGGUCACAGAUUCAGGCUAAAGGUAGACCUGCAAAGACAUAUGAUGAUUCAUACAGGCGAGAAACCAUUUAACUGCUCUGAGUGUGGUCAAAGAUUUAGGCUAAGUGAACAGCUUAAGUCACAUGUGAGAUUUCAUACAGGAGAGACACCAUUUAGUUGCCCUGACUGUGGUAAAAUAUAUACCCAAAUGAAAAAUCUGAAGAGACAUAUGAGGAGUCAUACAGGGGAGAAACCAUUUAGCUCAGUUUUGUGGUAAAAGAUUAACAAAGAAGAAAUCUGACAACACGUCAGACCACACAGUGAAGAAAUUAUUCGGUUGCAGAGUUUUGUCUUUUUGGACAAGGUUUGAGUUGGGUGUACUUACCAUUGGAGUAAUAGUCAACGUGACAAUGUUAUUUCCAGCAGCAAUAUAAAGGGUCCCAAAGUGGUCAGGCAGGUAUGCUGACUUGAUAAAUGGUCUUGGGGGCGGGGCCAAGUUUCUGCAUCCACAAGGAGGAAGUCUCAUUUUGUCCCCACUGCACGAGCAAGCAUACAGUAUGACGCUCGUAAGAACCCAUCUGUCUCAUCAGCGGGUUAACUAAAGAUGUCACAAGUUAAUUGGAGUGAAUUAUAAGGUAAAUUAUCUUGAAAUAGCUUUGAUGGCGUCAAUAAACAACUGAUAUAUCAAGCUAAUAACUAUGUAUAACACCAACUGCCAAAGAUGUGCACUCCCCUGACCAUUGCGCAAAAACAUUUACCAGGAACAUGAAUACAUGUUAAAUUAUACAAUAAUUUGAAUUUCAGAAUUAAACAUAAUAAUGACAACAUAAUGAGGUGAAAUUUAUAUAUUGUCAUCUGAAUUUAAUUUAAUUUAAAUACUUCUCACAUCACUACCAAAAGUAAAAAAACUUGGUUUGAAAAAUUUACAUGACUCCUACAACAGGUCUGGACCAGUCAUAAAUUAUGUGCGUAUUUAAAAGAAAUCUCAACAUACGGAAAAGGUGAUGAAUGCAGAAAGUUUUCUUAAAUCACUCUGACACACAAUUUAAGAACAAAUCUGCAUGAGGCCCAUUGUCUUGAAAUUCACGCUGUAGACUCCUGCAGCCCCAUUUCCAAAAUAUGAAAAUGUCAGCCUCCGAGCCCAAGUUACAGUGGAGACGUGGCCUUUGUCCACGUUGUAAACUCUGAGCCAUGCAGUAAGGUAUCUGAAGUGUACAGACCCAAUUGUUCACAGGGAAAAAUGUUAAAUCAAGCUGAAAGUUCUCUGAUUGUCAGCAUGUUCUGUCCAAUGGCGCUACCUCAGGGUCCCACAGUGGUCGGGUUUUGUCGUUGGAGACAUGCUGUUCACUGACAAUAUGUCUGUGGAGAUUCUCAUUCAUCCAGGUCAUAAAUAUUCACAAGGGUGUUGAAUCAGGAGCUACUGGACUUGGUUGUAGUUUUAUUGAAGACGUUUCACAAUACCAAUGCGGGCCACAGGAAGUGACGUCAAUUAUGGGGGGUGCUGCAGUGUGCAUGGACGGGAAGGUCGAACAUAAAUCCAUUUUCUUGCUGCUAUAGGCCUUAGACUUAUUGUUAUACCCAGUUUUUCCCCCCCAUCAGCAUUAAAUGUACUGUCGUUAUUUUUAUCUCCACAGUUUCAGUGCUGCUCAUUGUGUGUCUGUUGUGUAUCUCUUUGAUAUUUUAAGGUAUCUCUCACUAUGUAAAGAGCCUUGAGAUCAUGUAUGUUGUGAUUUGGUGCUAUACACAUAAAAUGUAAUGAAACAGGUGUGUGCUCACAUUAACAUGUAGCCUUGGUCCAGGCUAAUAUCUGGAUUCCUCCUCUGCAGACUCUCAGACACUGGACUAAGUUCUGAUUCCCAGGAAAUAGAGAUUCCUUAUCUUCUGCACUGGCAACCUGAUGUGCAUAUUGAUGUUAAAACACCCUGUGUAUGUACCAACACUACAAGGAUUAUUGUGAAGAUUUUUAUUCAGAGAAAAGAACAGUUGAGAGGCGACAGGAAAUGAGAGAGCGAGGGAAGGCCAUGCAACAACAAAAAACAAUCCAGGGCUGCUGCAUCAUUAGGACGCUCCUUGUUUCUUAGUUGUGUUCUGUUUGUAAUCGCUUUAAAAAGAAGGAAACAUAGAAAAUAAAAAACUGUGCAUGGGAAAAAUAAGAGCAACAAAAUACAGCAACUUUGGUCACAGAAACAAUGUGAUCACCAAAAAGGAAGUGAACUGUGUCCAAACUUGGUGAUGAAUAAAUAUGUUUCACUGUU